AUGGGAAGAGAAAAUAUAUUACAAUAUCUUCAAGAACAAGCGGAUUCAAAUUUUAAAGAUAUAGAAAAAGAAUUGUUAUCAAAAUCAGAAUCAACCACUCCAACAGAAGAAGAAAUUAAACCUAAUCUUAAGAGAGAAGUAAAACAACAUUCUAAUUUCCCAUUCACAUUAUCACCAGAAUCAACAAUACAAGAUUAUUUAAAUAAUAAUAAAUUUUAUAUUGAUUCUAUAAAACACAAUCACAAUGAUCAAAUAUUUGAUUUAAAUAGUAAAGGUCAAUCACCUCAUACCUUAUGGAUAGGUUGUAGUGAUUCACGAGCUGGAGAACAAUGUUUAGCAACUUUACCUGGAGAAAUAUUUGUUCAUAGAAAUAUUGCAAAUAUAGUAAAUUCAAAUGAUAUAAGUUCUCAAGGUGUUAUACAAUUUGCAAUUGAUGUUUUAAAAGUUAAAAAAAUUAUUGUUUGUGGUCAUACUGAUUGUGGUGGAAUAUGGGCUUCAUUGAGUAGUAAAAAAAUUGGAGGUGUCUUAGAUUUAUGGUUAAAUCCAAUAAGACAAAUAAGAGCUGUAAACUUGAAAACAUUAAAUCAAUAUAAUGAUCAACCAAAAUUGAAAGCUAAAAAAUUAGCAGAGUUAAACAUUAUAAAUUCUGUAAUUGCUUUAAAAAGACAUCCAAGUGCAAGUUCUGCUUUGAAAGAAGGUAAAAUCGAAGUUUGGGGAAUGAUAUAUGAUGUAUCUACAGGUUAUUUAUCAGAGAUUGAAAUUCCAAAAGAUGAGUUUCAUGAUUUAUUUCAAAUUUCAGAUGAAGAUGAUGAACAAGCUCACAAUCCUCAUUAA